AUGGCUACAAAUCAUGAGCCUAUAAAUGAGAAAUCUAUAGACUCUUCGCCUGGUCCUCAAGAUCAAUCAGCCCAGCAUACCAAAGAAGAUGAAGUGCAUGCAACAGCAAAGACAAGACCUGAAAGGACAGCCAAUUUCAAAGAUUACAUCCGAAUUUUCUCCUACGCAACGAAAUGGGAUUUCUUUGCAUAUGCUGCAGGCUUCAUUGCCAGCAUUGGCGCUGGAAUUACACUACCGUUGAUGAAUGUGGUCUUUGGUCAAUUCGUGGGUAACUUUACCGACUACUUCCUCCCAGGGAGCACAACCUCGCAAAGUGAUUUCAACAGCAGCGUUGAUAAGCUAGCAUUGUACAUGUUCUUCCUAUUCUUAGGACGUUUUGUUCUCAAUGCUAUCAAUAAGUUCGUGUUUCGCAUGAUAGGCAUCAGGUUAUCUUCUGCUAUCAGGCUUCACUACCUAAAGUCACUCUUUGGCCAGUCUAUCCACGUCCUCGAUUCAAUGCCUCCUGGCUACGCCACUGGCACCAUUACAUCUACCGCCAAUGUCCUACAGCUGGGGAUAUCAGAGAAGUUAGGGAUCUUUGUCGAAUAUAAUUCAACCAUCGUCGCUGCGCUCAUUGUGGCUUUUGUGAAGAAUUGGUCCCUUACUCUUGUCACAUCCUCGAUCAUCCUAUAUCUUUUCCUCGUUUUGGGCGUCUUCUUACCCAUGAUUCUCAAAGUCAAUGCUCUCAUUACAAAGUCCGAGGGUAGAGCUGGUGCAGUUGCCAGUGAAGCUCUGGCGAGUGUUAGAAUGGUAGCAGCGUGUGGCGCAGAAUCACGUAUCUCCAAGAAAUAUGCUGCUUUUGUGGAGGAGACAAGACAGCACGGUAAACUUCUAUCUCCUCUUGUCGGAGGUCAACUUGGCUUUAUAUUCUUCGGUUUAUAUUCCGGUUUCGCACUCUGCUUUUGGUAUGGCGCAAAGUCAUACUCUGAAGGUAGACUGGAUAAUGUCGGAGAUGUUCUCGUCGUAUUGCUCUCUGUGAUGAUUGUUGUGCUCUCACUGGAGCGUACAUCCACACCACUUCUUGCUGUUGGAAAAGCCACUGUUGCGGCUUGCGAGUUCUUUGUCGUAAUCGAUGCACCACAGCCCCAAAAAGGCCACCUGAGAGAGCCUGAAGUUUCAUCGACACAGGAUAUCGUUCUUGAAGGUGUCACAUUCGCAUACCCCAGCCGACCUCACGUGAAAGUCUUGGACGAUCUCAACCUGCGAAUCGAAGCCGGAAAGAUCAACGCCGUUGUUGGGCCAUCUGGAUCAGGCAAGAGCACAAUUGUUGGUUUGAUCCAGAGAUGGUAUACUCUGCAAGACCAGCACGUUUUGGCCAAGGUUAUCGAAAAGGAGAAGAAAGGAGGAAAGAAGAACAAAAAGGAGGAGAGUGAGGAGGAUGAAGAUCUUGCAAACCCCGUUGAAACAGAACCAGAAGAAACAGGCCCCCCUGUCGAAGCCCGCGGACGCAUCACCACAUCUGGUCAGCUCUUGGAUGAUAUUGAACUCAAAUGGUGGAGAUCGCAAAUCGGACUUGUGCAACAGGAACCAUUCCUUUUCAACGAUACGAUUUAUAAGAACGUCGCUUAUGGUUUGAUCGGAACACCCUGGGCAGAUGAAUCUGAGGAUAAGAAGAUGGAGUUGGUGAGGGACGCUUGUCGAGAAGCUUUUGCCGAUGAGUUUAUCGACAGGUUGCCUGAUGGAUAUGCUACUUUAGUAGGAGAUAGUGGAGCGAAGCUCUCUGGCGGCCAGAGACAGCGACUGGCCAUUGCGCGAUCUAUUGUACGAAAGCCCAGUAUCCUGAUCCUGGACGAGGCUACAAGCGCUAUUGACGUACGAGGUGAACGCAUUGUCCAAGCAGCACUUGACAGAGUCGCCAAGAACCGAACUACCAUCACAAUAGCACAUCGUCUUUCCACAAUCAAGAAAGCAGAUCGUAUUAUUGUGUUAAAGAAGGGCAAGGUCGUGGAAUCAGGAACACAUGAUAGUCUCAUCGCUGUCGACGGCGGUAUUUAUUCCGGUCUUGUUCACGCACAGUCUCUUUCGCUUGGGGAGCCUACUGAGGCUGGGUAUGAGUCCGUUGAACCCGAGGAUAAGCCAGAGCUUGCCAACGUCCCGAGCGUCGCAGCUUUAGAAGUUGACAUGGUCGUCGAUGCUAUCAAAGCAAAGAAAGGGAGCCCCUUUGCGAGUUUCAGCCGCUUGUUCCUCGAGAGCAAGAACAUAUACCCUGCCUUUGCCCUAACCCUCUUCGCUGCCGCUUGUGUCGGAUCUGGAGUACCAUUACAAGCCUGGAUCUUUGGUAAAAUCAUUGUGUCCUUCAACACUAUCGGAACCGAUGCAGAUCUUUCUGAAAGCAAAUUCUGGUCUCUGAUGUUUGUUGUUCUGGCGGUAGGUAUAGGAGUCAGUUACUUUGUCGUGAUUUUUGUGGCAACUCGAAUGUCAGCAACUAUCCGAGCCAAGUAUCAGCAACAGUAUUUCGACGCUGUUAUGUUUCAGAAGACAUCCUUUUUCGAUAACGAAGACCAUUCUCACGGAACAAUGACAUCAAGACUAGGAACCGAUCCAAAACAGUUGGAAGAGAUGAUGGGACUGAACAUGGCGAGCGUUUUCGUUGCACUCUUCAAUGUCACAGGGGCUGUCACUAUCGCCUUUGCGCACACCUGGAAACUAGCAGUUGUUUCGUGCUGCGUUGUCUUGCCUGUAAUGAUCGUCUCGGCUUAUUGGCGCUUCAAGUACGAAUUGGCGUUUGAAAAGAUGAACAACGAUGUCUUCGCGGAAAGCUCAAAGUUUGCGUCAGAAUCGAUUGGCGCCUUCAGGACUGUCACUUCUCUGACAUUAGAAGACUCGAUUUGCUUACGAUACCAGAAUUUGCUCGAAGAGCAUGUUGUCUCAGCAUACAAAAAGGCCAGAUGGCUCUCAACUUUUGGUGGGGAGGUCGUCUGCUUUCCAGAUAUGAGAUUGGUCUCGUUGCAUUCUUUGUCUGUUUCAGCAGCUGGACAAGCUCUUGGGUUUGGUCCUAAUGCCGCUCUUAGUUCGGCGGCCGCUGAUCGUAUUCUCAAGAUGAGAGAAAGUCGACCUCGAGAUAAGGUGUCUACCUCACAAGAGAUACCUGAUACCGAUGGCGGAAUGUCAAUUGAGUUGGACAACAUCUACUUCAAGUACCCAACUAGAAGCACGCCUGUUUUCAAAGGACUGAGCCUCAAGGUUGAGAAGGGGCAGUUUGCAGCUCUUGUUGGAGCAUCUGGAUGUGGCAAAACAUCGAUUGUGUCACUGAUGGAGAGAUUCUACGACCUGGACAAGGGUCGGAUCCUACUCAAUGGAAAGGACUCGACCGACAUCAACGUGUUUGAGUACAGAAAGUACUUUUCUCUCGUUGCUCAGGAAGCCACACUCUUCCAGGGUACUCUCAGAGAAAACAUUCUACUUGGCGUUGACCCCUCGUCAAUCACAGAUGAGCAGCUGCACCAAGCCUGCCGUGAUGCUUCAAUCCACGACUUCAUCGUUUCUCUGCCAGAAGGUUAUAAUACGGGAAUUGGCAGUCGCGGUGUUUCACUUUCAGGUGGCCAGAAGCAGCGUGUGGCAAUCGCCCGUGCUCUUAUCCGCGACCCCAAAGUCCUUCUGCUUGACGAAGCCACAAGUUCACUCGAUUCGGAAAGUGAGAAGUUGGUGCAGGCGGCAUUUGAACGAGCUAAAGAGGGACGGACAAUGCUUGUGGUUGCACAUCGACUGGCUACAGUACAGAACGCAGAUGUCAUCUUUGUAUUGGGGGAUGGUCAGCUGCUUGAACAAGGCAGCCACGUAGAGUUGUUGAAAAAGCGAGGCGUGUACUGGCAUAUGUGUCAAAGCCAAGCCCUCGAUCGUUAG